AUGCGCCAGUCUCGCCUCGACACAAGCGGCCACCAGCCGCCCGCCCGCAACGACUACAUCAAAGUGGAGAAAAUAGACCUUGCCGACGAGGAAGGCGAUGAGAGCUUAGAGGCCACGCUGGGCCAGGUGUCAACGUUCGAGGCGUCUCAGUUCGACGGGGACAACUCGACGAGCUCUCACGACAUGUCCGGCCUCUUCAGCGGAAUCUCAGAUCAAGCGGCGGCCGGCGCGCACGUGUGCGCCCUGUGCGGCGCCGUCUUCCGGCACCCCGACUCGCUGCGCUUCCACAAGGAGGUGCACAAGGGCCGCACGCGCUGCCCAGUCUGCGGCCGCGUGUUCAGCCGGCGCGCCUACCUCACGCAGCACCUGCGCAUGUGCCACCCGUGCGACGCCGUCCGGUUGGGCGUGUACUCGACGUGA